AUGGGAGGAGGUAGCGAUCAAUACGAUGUGUUCUUGAGCUUUAGAGGCUUUGACACUCGCAACGGAUUCACUGAUCACCUCUACCGCAGUCUGAUCAGUGUAGGGACUAUACCAAUUUCUGUGUUUAGGGACGAGAACAGCAUUGCAAUUGGCAAGGAUUUUAAUUCAGAGAUUCUAAUUGCCAUCACGCGAUCUAAGAUUUUGAUCCCCAUUAUCUCUGAAAAUUAUGCUUCGAGCAAAUGGUGCCUCCGUGAGCUAGUACACAUCAUGGACUGCCAGAAGAGCAUGUCGCACACAGUGUUGCCCAUUUUUUACAAAGUGCUCCCAUCGGAUGUGCGGUAUCUAAAUGGAAAUUUUGGGGAGGCCUUCCGUUCGCGUAAGAAGCGUUUUGACAAGGAGGACAUUCAAGAAGGUCAACGAGCCCUUACCGAAGUGAGUAACUUGAAUGGAUGGGAAUCUGAGAAAUUUGCCAAUGGGCAUGAAGGAAAAUUAGUGGAAGAAGUUACUAAAACGAUUCUAAACAAGUUGAGACAUCAGUCGCAGCUUGAUAUUCCGAAGCACCUAGUUGGAGCUGAUGAUCAUGUCAACAAAAUUAGGAAUUGGGUAGACAUUCCUGCCAAUCAUGCUCGAAUGAUAGGAAUAUAUGGCAUGGGUGGGAUUGGUAAAACAACUCUUGCCAAAGUAAUCUAUAACGAGCUAUCGAAUAUCUUUGUGGAUCGUAGUUUCCUUCCUGAUAUACGGGAAACAGCUAACAACAAUGGUAUUCAUUAUCUACAAAAUCUACUAAUUAAGGAUAUACUGCCAAAUGAAAAUGCUCUAGAUGCUUUGGCUAGAGAACGUGAUUGGUUUGCUGCAGGAAGUAUCAUCAUUGUUACAACUAGAUACAAAUUUGUACUUGAUCAGUCUGAGUUCAAGGUGGACUACAAGUAUGAAUUGAACGAAUUAGAUGAGCAAAUAUGCCGUUUACAUGUGGGAGGAUUGUAA